AUGGCAGGUGCUCUUGAAAACGCACGUAAAGAAAUCGAAAGGGUUUCACUGGAGGAUCAUGAUGAGAGCGAAUAUGGUUACAUCUACUCAGUUUCGGGGCCUGUUGUGGUUGCGGAGCGUAUGAUUGGCUGUGCCAUGUACGAAUUGGUGAAAGUGGGUCACGACAAUUUGGUCGGAGAAGUGAUCAGAAUUGAUGGUGACAAGGCUACUAUCCAGGUUUACGAAGAGACUGCCGGUGUUACUGUGGGUGAUCCUGUUCUGAGGACCGGGAAGCCAUUGUCUGUUGAGCUGGGUCCUGGUCUUAUGGAGACAAUUUACGAUGGUAUUCAAAGACCAUUGAAAGCGAUCAAGGAGCAAUCUGAGUCGAUCUAUAUCCCAAGAGGUGUCGACGUUCCCGCACUGAACAGACAGAUAAAAUGGAAGUUUACUCCGGGGUCUUUCAAAGUCGGUGAUCACAUCACCGGUGGUGAUGUUUUCGGCACUGUGUUCGAAAAUUCGUUGAUAGAGAACCAUAAGAUUCUUUUGCCCCCAAGAGCCAGAGGUACGGUCACAUGGAUUGCUCCGGCCGGCGAGUAUACCGUGGAUGAGAAGGUGCUGGAGGUUGAGUUUGACGGUAAGAAAUCCGAUUUUCCUAUGUACCACACAUGGCCUGUUCGUGUCCCAAGACCCGUUGCCGAAAAGAAGUCCGCUGAUUUCCCUUUAUUGACUGGUCAAAGAGUGCUCGAUGCUUUGUUUCCUUGUGUUCAAGGUGGUACUACGUGUAUCCCGGGUGCUUUUGGCUGUGGUAAGACUGUUAUUUCUCAAUCACUUUCCAAGUACUCUAAUUCGGAUGUCAUUAUAUAUGUUGGAUGCUUCGCGAAAGGCACUCCAGUCAUGAUGCAUGACGGUUCUGUGAAGGCUAUCGAGACCAUCAACGUUGGUGAAGAGGUCAUGGGUGCUGACGGUUUAGGACGGAAGAUUGUUGGUCUUCCAAGAGGUCGUGAGGUUAUGUACAAGGUCUCUCAAAAGACUGAACACAGAGCUUACGAGACGGAUGAAACUCGCUCCGCACCUGUUGGUUUAUUUGAAUACACUUGUAAUGCUACCCACAAGUUGGUCGUUAGAACUCCAAGGUCCUGCCGCACUCUCAACCGUACGAUGAAGGGAGUUGAGUACUAUGAAGUUGUUUUCUUCGAUCUAGCUAAAGAGAAGUUAAAAGAUGGUAGAGAGAUCGAGGUUGUGAAGGAAAUUUCCAGAUCAUACCCAGUGACAGAAGGUCCUGAAAGAGCUGCUGAGAUCAUGAAGGAGUAUCAAGAAGCUGGUGCAGGUAAACAAUUCUUCGAAUGGACUAUUGAAGCUAGAGACGUUGGUGCUCUAGGUGCCCAUGUCCGUAAGGCCACCCAUCAAGUUUACGCUCCAGUUUUGUAUGAGAGCGACUUCUUCUUCCACUACGUGAAAGACUCAAAGUUUUGUUUGAAAUCUGAGGCACCAUUUGCUUUGGCAUAUUUGCUUGGUUUAUGGGUCGGCGAUGGUUUAUCAGACAGAGCUGUCUUUUCUGUGGACUCUGAAGAUACCACUUUGUUCGAUCGUAUCAUUGAUUUCGCUGAUAUUUUAGACCUAUCGGCCGAAUACAAGGACCGAGAAAUUCCAAAGAGGGCUAAGACUGUUGGUUUGUUUCCAAAGACAAUCAGAGGUAACGAUAUCGGUAGAAACUUGAACACCGACAAUCCUUUGUGGAACGCCAUUGUUGAUCUUGGCUAUUUGAAGGGUGGCGUCAAGCAUGUUCCAUCCUACUUGCUAACUGACAGUAUUCCUCACCGUGAGGUCUUCCUUGCUGGUUUGAUUGACUCAGACGGCUACGUUCGUGGCGAGGAAGCUCCAGCUGCUACUAUUAAGACGAUCCAUAAGACUGUCAUGGAAGGUACUGUUGCUGUUGCUCGUUCGCUUGGCCUCACUGUUUCCGUUAACAUUGAGGAAGCCAAGGUCGAUAAAGAUGGUGUCAACCACCGCCCUGCUUACGCUAUCUACAUUAGUGGUGGUGACGCUUUGCUGUCAGUCCUUGCUAAUUGUGCUUCUGCUAAAAAGCACAGAGCUGCCCCUACUAAAGAAGUUGUUCGUGGUUUGAACGAGGUUUAUUUUGAGAUGAAAGAACUCCAGGAAGAUGACUACUAUGGUAUCACUUUGUCUGAGAAUUCUGACCAUCAAUUUAUGUUAGCUAAUCAACUUGUGGUUCACAAUUGUGGUGAACGUGGUAACGAAAUGGCAGAAGUCUUAAUGGAAUUCCCAGAAUUAUAUACGGAGAAAAAUGGUAAGAAGGAACCAAUUAUGAAGCGUACCACUUUGGUCGCCAACACAUCCAACAUGCCUGUGGCCGCCAGAGAGGCCUCCAUUUACACUGGUAUUACGCUAGCCGAAUACUUCAGAGAUCAAGGUAGAGAUGUCUCGAUGAUUGCAGACUCUUCAUCUAGAUGGGCUGAAGCAUUGAGAGAAAUUUCUGGUCGUUUGGGUGAAAUGCCGGCAGAUCAAGGUUUCCCAGCCUACUUAGGUGCCAAGUUAGCCUCCUUCUACGAAAGAGCUGGAAAAGCAGUCGCCCUGGGCUCUCCAGAUCGUACUGGUUCCGUAUCGAUCGUUGCCGCUGUCUCCCCAGCUGGUGGUGACUUUUCAGAUCCAGUGACAACUGCCACCUUAGGUAUUACCCAAGUAUUUUGGGGUUUGGACAAGAAACUUGCGCAAAGAAAGCAUUUCCCUUCUAUCAACACAAGUGUUUCUUACUCCAAGUACACCAACGUUUUGAACAAGUAUUACGACUCCAACUAUCCUGAGUUCCCUCAACUGAGAGAUCGUAUUAAGGAGAUAUUGUCGAAUGCUGAGGAACUAGAACAAGUGGUGCAAUUGGUCGGUAAAUCAGCUCUUUCAGAUAGCGACAAAAUUACGCUGGACGUCGCCACCCUUAUCAAGGAAGAUUUCUUACAACAGAAUGGUUACUCAACUUACGAUGCAUUCUGCCCUAUCUGGAAAACUUUCGACAUGAUGAGAGCCUUUGUCGGAUACCACGAUGAAGCCCAGAAAGCCGUCGCCAACGGUGCCAACUGGUCCAAGUUGUCCGAGGCCACCAGCGACGUGAAACAUGCGGUUUCGUCAUCCAAGUUUUUCGAACCAAGCAGAGGUCAAGAAGAAGUCCACGCAGAAUUCGAAAAGCUACUAUCCAACAUGCAAGAAAGAUUCGCAGAGUCUACGGAUUAA